AUGUCUCUCAAGUCGAUCAUCUGCAUCGCCGUGGGUGCUUGCACCGCCAUGACAGCCGUGUUGGCAGCACCAGCGGUAUCAGAGCUUUCUUCUCGUCUACGGCAGGCCGUUUGCGACACCAGUCAUGCUGCGCCUUUCUGGGGCUCUUACAGCAGUGCACGCACGGACCAUUUCUACAGCACCGACUACGCCCAAGUGAACAACUCCGUCGCGGACGGUUAUGAGAUCCGAGGCCGGCUCGGGUUCAUCUUCCGCUCGCCAGUCGCCUCGUCCUCCAUCUUCCUGCGACUCUACAACCCGGAUAACUACGACCACUUCUACACCACGAACUCGACCCGCGCAGACACCGACAUCACCAAUCAAGGUUACGUCGACACGGGCUAUGUCGGCUAUGUUUACACGUCAGACGUGUGCGGCAGCGUGCCGCUCUAUCAGCUGUACAAGGCGAGCAUCACCGACCACUAUUACACCACGAAUAAGUCCGAGGCGGACCUAGUCGUCAAGGACGAUGGCUAUGUCCUCCAGGGUGUCGCCGCGUACAUUCUUCCUAACCUCUAACGUACGAAGAGCAAUGCAGACUGGAUUCAACUCCAGUCAAUCCCUUGACAUGGCGUCUCCUCGUAUACGUUUUCGGAGUGUCCAGAUCAUAUCGCUCAUUCUCUUCGUCCUUUCGUUCUCUCGA